GAGGCGCGGGAGGUUACGGGACGCGCAUCUCCCAGUCCAACUCUGUCUUCUCCUCUGGGUCUAUGUCGGGCUACGACUCUUCAAUGAUAACCAACGAGAAGGUGACCAUGCAGAACCUCAACGACCGCCUGGCCUCCUACUUGGAGAGGGUGCGUUCCCUGGAGAGUGCCAACGGGAAGCUGGAGCUGCAGAUUAAAGAGUUCAAUGAGAAGAGAUGUAUCAUUUCCAGAGACUACACCAUUCACUCUGCCACCAUCUCUGAUCUCAGAGCGAAAAUUGCAAGGAGAUAUUCAGAGAAUCAAAGUAUCAUCCUGCAGAUUGAGAAUGCUCAACUGGCCAUGGAAGACUUCAAGAUAAAGUAUGAGAUGGAGGUACACAUGUGUAAUGCAGUGGAGGCUGAUGUGGCUCGUCUCCGAGGGAUCCGGGACUCCAUGAAACUUUCCAUCACCGACCUCAGUGCGCAGAUUCAAAGUCUGAAAGAAGAGCUGGCGUACUGCAAAUCCAGCCAUGCGGAGGAGAUGGAGCGGUUGAGGGUACAGCAGAGUGGUAAUGUGAACGUCCAAGUGGACAACGCACACUCUGUGGAUCUAAAAAAGGUCAUGGAGGACAUGAGGAGCCAGUAUGAAGUGCUGAUGAUGAAGAACAAGGAAGAACUUGAGAGAUGGUUCCAACAAAAGAUGAAAGGUCUCCAGACAACCAUCAGCACCCACACAAAAGAGGUGGAGACAUAUUCUGUCCAGCUCAAGGAACUGAAGAUGACCUACCAGAGUCUGGAGAUUAACCUCCAAAGUGUCCACGCAGAGAUUCAGUGCCGUUAUCAGAGUCUAGAGGAAACAAAGAGUCGAUUCAGCAUUCAGCUCAGCCAGCUCCAGCUGACCAUCAACAUGAUGGAGGUGGAGCUGCAGCAGUUGAGAGACUCUCUGGGACAACAGAGAAGGGAGUACAACCUGCUGCUGGACAUCAAGAUGCGACUGGAACUGGAGAUUGUCGAGUACAGGAGACUGCUGGAUGGAGAACAUAAGCAAGCAAAGGCUGUGAUCAUCAGCAAGGUGGUGGAGCAUGUGGAAGAGAAAAAACCCCACAUUGAGAGGCGAGUGAAGACCAUUGUGGAGGAAAUCAUUGAUGGAAAGGUGGUGUCCUCCGUUGUUGACACUCAAGUGGAGGACAUUCAAUAA